AUGAAAUUGUGGUUGAUUGUGGUAUUAUUACUUGGCGUCGUAAAUUUGGGGCUAUCUUAUCCUGUCGAUGUUACUGUGAAGGCGCAUUUAACUUUGAGGGAACCGCAUGGUAAGUAUAUUACGUAUUAAUAUUCUAUGUUGCUGUUUUGAAAUUUUUUUGUUUGUAAAGAAAGUUCUUACCAUUUUUUUUGAAUGGCACAUUUUUCUGUUUUACAGCUUGCGGGUGACAAGUUAUACGAUGAAUAUGAAAAUAGAGGCUUGUAAAGAAAUUUCUUGCCAGUUUUUAGUUUGUAAAGAAAGUUAUUGCCACUUUUUAGUUUGUAAAGAAAGUUCUUGUCAUUUUUUGUUUUGGAAAGAAAGUAACUUCAUUUUUCGUUUCAGAAAGGAUAAAGCGUUUUCUCGGCUUCUACGGUUUCCACGACCGUGAAGCAGCUACAGAACGGAAGAGGACACGAAAAGACAACCGGAACCGAAAAGAGCGGUCGUUAAAUAAACAUGACACUUUCGACUUUAAUUAUUAUUGA